AUGAAGAGGACUCGCAGAGGUACUACUGAGCCUUCAUCAUCUCGACCUAAUAGACAGCGUCCCAUGGCCUCAACGAGGAGACAAAGAGCGGCUCCCCAAGAUCACUUUGAGGAUACUAUUGAGAUUGAAGAUGUAGCUCCUACUCAUGAUAGUAAUAUACUGAACAUGAUAGUAAUUAUUUUCAAAGCACAGCAGAAGCAACUUUUUUCAAAAGUGACUGCAAUCCCAAACUGGGCCUAA